AUGUCCUCCCAAUCACAAAACACCCCAAAUCUGAAGACGCAAAAUGCGCCACAUGUUCUGGAGCGUGACGCCCCAUGCCAACACGUCAGGCCACGGCGGCAGAGUCAUUCCCAGCACGGUAAUGCUAGUCAGCCACAAGUCGUCAAAGACCAUCUCGCUGUUGCUGCACUCGUGCGCCCCUAUGAGUUGGUCGCACCAGACCACGAAGAUGGCGUACAUGAGGACGUACUGGUCCAGGAUGGCGGGGACGGACAGGAUUGCGGUCUCAAUCUGCGAGUAAUGCUUCAUGAGGGAGUAUUCGAGGGUAGACAGGAGGAGGAUGCCCAUGACCAUGGCAGCCUGGCGGUUUCGUCGCCUGGUCUGUUCUUGCAGGGCUUGGCCUGCCAGGCCCAUCGUGAUGGCUGCUCGGGCUCUGCCCAGGAGAAUGUCCUCGAGCACGGCGAAGAGGAUCUGGUGGAGCUGCAUGGCGUUGACCGCCGCCGUGAUGCUGAUAUACUGCGGCAUGAUACGACGGGAGGUUCUGCUGCCACGUCGAGGCUCGGUCGGCUGGUCUGCCAUAGUGAUGGUUGA